AUGAGCGGCCGCCACUCACAUAUCAAACGCAAAGAUGGGAACAGGACGCUCAAGAUCAAAUGUCUUCGGAUGCGAGAGCAAACCUCCGCGAAAAACUUGAAGGCAUUCAAGAAGUGGUCAAUAGUACCUUCACGCAUGGUCAAGACUGAAACUCUUCCGGAUCUAUCGACCACCGUCCUUGGCCAAACAGUGUCUUUCCCGAUAGCUGUCGCUCCGAUUGGAUGUCAACGAAUGUUCGAUGCCGAGGGCGAACUGGCAUCGGCCAAAGCAGCAGAGAUCGAAUGUGUACCGUACAUCUUGUCAACAGCGUCCAGUGCUAGCAUCGAAGACGUGGCCAAAGCGAACGGCGAUGGUAUACGUUGGUUCCAGCUCUACUGGCCUAGAGACAACGACCUGACGGCUUCGCUGCUCUCGCGAGCCAAGACAUGGGGAUUCUCUGCACUUUUCGUGACGCUCGACACCUACAUUCUGGGUUGGCGACCAUCGGACAUGGAUAACGGCUACAAUCCAUUCCUCCGUUCGGACUCAAUAGGUGUUGCGAUUGGGUUCUCGGAUCCCGUGUUCCGAUCGAAGUUCAAGUCUCUGCAUGGUGUAGAGAUUGAGGAGAACUACCGCGAAGCGGCGGCAGAGUGGACGAAGACCAUGUUCCCAGUUUCAUCACGCGGAUGGGACGAUAUCAAAUGGCUGCAGGAGAAUUGGGACGGACCGAUUGUACUCAAGGGGAUACAAUCAGUCGCAGAUGCUCUGAAGUGUGUCGAGUUAGGUGUUGCCGGCAUCGUGGUGUCGAAUCACGGCGGCCGACAAGUCGAUGGCUGCGUCAGCUCGCUUGGCAUGCUACCACGCAUUGUCGAUGCGGUGGGAGGCAGGUUGGAUGUCUUCUUUGACUCUGGAAUUAGAUGUGGCAGUGACAUCGUCAAGGCGCUCGCUCUGGGGGCCAAGAUGUGUCUCAUAGGACGACCGUACAUCUAUGGCCUUGCUCUUGGAGGAGAAGUUGGGUGCUCGCAUGUGCUCAGGAGUCUGAGUGGAGACAUGGAGCUUACACUACAUCUCGCUGGAGUGGAGUCGAUCCGACCUGAGCAUCUCAAUCGCUCAAUUUUGAUCAGGGAGGAUGAGCUGUAAGGCAUACCGCUUUUGGUACUCGAACAGAAGUCAGAUAGGCUUGAUUGCUCAACUGAUGGUGGUAUACGCUUGGCCACAACGCCUCCCGCGAUCUUACGCCGCCGAAGCCAUGUCGCCGCGAGGAUCGGUGUGGCCGCAUUGGUGACCCGGGUCGGAAGUGGUAGCCGAUAGCUUCAUCGAUUCUGGACAGCACACUUGUCCACCAUGUA